GCCUCUAGUCUUCGGGCUUUGUCGUUUACCUCCGUGGCUAGUUGUUGCUCGUCUGAGGUCUGAACGAUGAUUGACAAUAAUGGCGACGCGUUUAUUCUGAGUUGACUCCAGGGAACCAUCACUGGUUGACAAAGGGGGCAUCUUGGAUGGAUUUUCACCGCCGCGGACAGCAACAAUAAGAAUAAACAACCCACCUAAGGACUACAUUUGCCUCAGCGAGAAGGACUUGCUAGCCAGGAGAGGUUUAUCUUGCUAGCAUUUCGAUAGCUAGCAACUCGUCUCGCUAGCUUGCUAAGUUGAAGAGGUGGCAUUCUUGUGUGAGGAGAGAGCCAGCCUGCUGAGCACUGAGAUCUGGCUAAGAUAGCAAUGUGGCUACUUAAUAGGCUCUUAGGGUAAUUGGUUUCUUAAACUCUGAGGCGACACUGAAGAGGCACUUGCUUGCAGUUAACACUAGCUUGCCGGAAUAGUUUUUGUGAGAGGCUCCAACAGCCUCCUGAGGUAGCUAACUCAGCUAGCAGGCUAGACUUUGAGGGUUCGUUCCAGUCCCUUUCCUGUUCGGACUUGCUUGCACUUGGAUUUGGAAACUAUCCUCCAGCGCAUCGAUAUCCGGCUAGCAUAGAGUGCUAGCUUGCCAGCUAACUAACUGAUUCCUGUGGCAUUUGCGAGAUCCUUUUCUUAAAUGACCACCGGCAGGAAUAACCGAGCCAUGAUGGAAGGAGUAGGAGCGAGAGUAGUCCGCGGACCUGACUGGAAGUGGGGCAAGCAGGAUGGUGGAGAGGGUCAUGUUGGCACCGUCAGGAGUUUCGAAAGUCCAGAGGAGGUGGUGGUUGUCUGGGAUAAUGGGACGGCUGCUAACUACCGUUGUUCCGGAGCUUACGACGUGAGGAUACUAGACAGUGCUCCAACAGGCAUCAAGCAUGAUGGAACCAUGUGUGACACCUGCCGUCAACAGCCCAUCAUUGGUAUUCGCUGGAAAUGUGCUGAGUGCACCAAUUAUGACCUCUGCACAACCUGUUACCAUGGAGACAAGCAUCACCUGAGACACCGGUUCUACAGGAUCACCACCCCGGGCAGUGAGAGAGUACUUCUGGAGUCACGUCGCAAGUCAAAGAAAAUCACAGCCAGAGGGAUCUUCACUGGAGGCCGGGUGGUGAGAGGAGUUGACUGGCAGUGGGAAGACCAAGACGGAGGCAACGGAAGGAGAGGAAAGGUAACAGAGAUCCAGGACUGGAGUGCAGCCAGCCCUCACAGCGCUGCCUACGUACUGUGGGACAAUGGGGCCAAGAACCUGUACAGAGUUGGCUUUGAGGGAAUGUCGGAUUUGAAAUGUGUCCAGGAUGCCAAAGGAGGUUCUUUUUACAGAGACCACUGCCCCGUUUUAGGUGAGCAGAAUGGCAACAGAAAUCCUGGCGGUCUCCAAAUUGGAGACCUGGUCAACAUCGACUUAGACCUAGAGAUUGUUCAGUCCCUCCAACAUGGCCACGGCGGGUGGACUGACGGCAUGUUUGAGACGCUCACCACCACUGGCACAGUAUGUGGCAUCGAUGAAGAUCAUGAUAUUGUCGUUCAGUACCCCAGUGGGAACAGAUGGACAUUCAACCCAGCAGUGCUGACAAAGGCCAACGUUGUGCGUAGUGGUGAAGUAGCUGCUGGCGCAGAGGGAGGCAGCUCCCAGUUCCUUGUGGGAGACCUGGUUCAGAUUUGCUAUGACAUCGACCGUAUCAAGCUGCUACAAAGAGGCCACGGGGAGUGGGCUGAGGCGAUGCUGCCUACCUUAGGCAAGGUGGGCCGUGUGCAGCAGAUCUACUCUGACAGUGACCUGAAAGUCGAGGUUUGUGGAACUUCUUGGACGUACAAUCCAGCUGCUGUCACCAAGAUUGCGCCCUCUGGCUCCGCUGUCAGCAACGCCUCUGGAGAGCGUCUGUCUCAGUUGCUGAAGAAACUUUUUGAGACACAAGAGUCCGGGGACAUCAACGAAGAGCUGGUCAAAGCAGCAGCCAAUGGAGACCUGGCCAAGGUGGAAGAUAUCCUUAAAAGACCUGAUGUGGAUGUGAAUGGGCAGUGUGCUGGACACACCGCUAUGCAGGCAGCCAGUCAGAACGGUCACGUUGAUGUCCUAAAGCUGCUGCUUAAACACAACGUGGACCUGGAAGCUGAGGACAAAGAUGGAGACCGGGCAGUGCACCACGCAGCCUUCGGUGAUGAGGGCUCUGUCAUUGAGGUGCUGCAGAGGGGCGGUGCUGACUUGAACGCCAGGAACAAGAGAAGGCAGACUCCAUUACAUAUUGCUGUCAACAAGGGCCACUUGCAGGUGGUCAAAACCCUGCUGGACUUUGGCUGCCACCCCAGCCUCCAGGAUUCAGAAGGGGACACACCCCUGCAUGAUGCCAUAAGCAAGAAGAGAGAUGACAUGCUGUCAGUGCUGCUGGAAUCUGGUGCUGAUGUCACCAUCACAAACAAUAACGGGUUCAAUGCCUUGCAUCAUGCUGCCCUGCGAGGAAACCCCAGCGCCAUGCGUGUGUUGCUAUCCAAACUGCCGAGGCCUUGGAUUGUAGACGAGAAGAAGGAUGACGGUUACACCGCACUGCACCUGGCCGCCCUCAACAACCACGUGGAGGUGGCUGAGCUGCUUGUGCACCAGGGCAAUGCCAGCUUAGACAUCCAGAACGUCAACCAGCAGACUGCAUUACAUCUGGCUGUGGAGCGUCAACACACCCAGAUAGUCCGGCUGCUGGUGCGUGCAGAGGCCAAGCUUGAUGUGCAGGACAAGGACGGGGACACACCGCUGCAUGAGGCACUGCGUCACCACACACUGUCCCAGUUGCGGCAACUACAAGAUAUGCAGGACGUCAGCAAAGUGGAGCCCUGGGAACCCUCCAAGAACACAUUAAUCAUGGGCUUGGGCACCCAGGGGGCAGAAAAGAAGAGCGCAGCAUCCAUCGCCUGCUUCCUUGCAGCUAACGGAGCGGACCUGACCAUUCGUAACAAGAAGGGCCAGUCCCCUCUGGACCUGUGUCCCGACCCCAGCCUGUGCAAGGCUCUGGCCAAAUGCCACAAAGAGAAGAGCAGUGGUCAGGUGGGCACCCGCAGCCCGUCUCUGAACAGCAACAUCGAGUCACUGGAGGAGUGUAUGGUGUGCUCGGACAUGAAGAGAGACACUCUGUUCGGGCCCUGCGGACACAUCGCCACCUGCUCCCUGUGCUCACCUCGUGUCAAGAAGUGUCUCAUCUGCAAGGAUCAGGUCCAGUCAAGAACCAAGAUCGAGGAGUGCGUUGUCUGCUCUGAUAAAAAGGCAGCCGUUUUGUUCCAGCCCUGUGGUCACAUGUGCGCUUGUGAGAACUGUGCUAGCCUCAUGAAGAAGUGCGUACAGUGCCGGGCUGUUGUGGAACGCCGCACCCCCUUUGUUCUGUGCUGUGGAGGGAAAGGUAUGGAGGAUGAUGCCGCUGAUGAUGAUGAUGAUGAUGAUGAUGAUGAUGAUGACCUUACAGGGAGCUCUAACACUAUGGCAGGGGGAUCGCAGGAUCUUCUCCAGCCCAACAAUCUGGCACUAAGUUGGUCCAGCGGAAACAUCCCAGCCUUGCAGAGGGACAAGGACAACACCAAUGUCAAUGCUGACGUACAGAAGCUACAGCAACAGCUCCAGGACAUCAAGGAACAGACCAUGUGUCCGGUGUGUCUGGACCGGCUGAAGAACAUGAUCUUCAUGUGCGGCCACGGCACCUGCCAGCUGUGCGGAGACCGGAUGAGCGAGUGCCCCAUCUGCCGCAAGGCCAUCGAGCGCCGCAUCCUCCUCUACUAGACGCACCCCAUCCACCCCCCCACUCCCCCACAGACUUUCUCUUUCUCUCUUUUCUCUGACGGCCCACGCCGACCACGCCCGCAAAGCCACAAUCACACCAGCUGCUGUUGCUGCUGCUGCCGCUGCUGCUGCUGCUCGACCAUCCUCACAGCACCCGAGUCAGCCAGCCAAGGGUGUUAUCUAAUGUCUUACUCAACACAACAAAUGCUCUUUUAAUGGUUUGAUUGUGCUUCAGAUGGAAUCUGUUACAAAACAAGGAAAAACAUGAACUGACUUGACUCUGUCACCAUCAUCAAGACGCUUACAUCAAGGCGUUUUUCUCUUCUCCCACCAUCCCCUUUCUCUUACGUGUCAUUUUCUCCGUUUUUACUUGAUAUGUGAUGCUUCUUUUUUUCUUAUUUACUCGGUGGCUCCUUCUUAGGCUCACGGCCUUGGAUAUUUACUUUUUUGGGCACGUCCCAUUUGCAGAUUUUAUCCUCCAACAGCUGUGCGCAUCCGAAGCGUAGAGGAGAUGAUGUAGAGGUUCGGCCCGUUACCUUUUUGAUGUAAAGUUCUCGUGCAUCUGUCGCAGUCAGUGCCAGCUGCAGUCGAGUUUUAUUGUAUUUGUAAAUCUUUAUGCACGUGUAUUGGUAUCAGAAGCUCCAGAUGUGGAUUUUAAGUACUUAAUUUUUCAUGACAGUAUGGCAAGUUUGUGACAAAUGCACCACUUAAAGGUUCAGUGAGUGUUUUUAGCUUCAUGUCCGUGUUCAGUUUUGGCCCCGUUGUGACGCGCUUUACGCCGACGUCCUGGCAGGUUCGAGACCGGAUGUUGGCAGUUUUGCACUAGAGAAGCUGAGUCAGGGUAAAAUAAAAAGCUCUUUUCUGUGCAGUGACGAAAACACAGAUAGAGCCUUAGAUACACCCAGGUAGCACACCACACCCGUACUUUGUUUACCGAGCUGUACAGUGAACGAUGGCGGAUGUCGCAACACCCUUUCAGCUGCCCGAUUUUCCAGAGCCGUUGUGUCGGAGUUCGAGAAUCCAAGACGAACGCAUUCAGCUUCUGUCCAGUGAUCAGCCCCCCACCCCCCCUGCUGUGCCUGUUUGUUGUAAACACACAUGAUGCAAGACAUUUCUGUAACGAAGAGUAUCUUGUCACAACUUGAUGUUAAACUGUUGAGACUACGUGGUAUUUGUCUGACAAAAAAAAUAUGUACAAUUCAACGAGCAUUGCUAAUUUACCAUUGAUGACUCUGUGCCAUUUUUGCUUCCAAAAAUCUACUUGUUAUAUAACUUGUAUGGGGAUAAGGUGCUCUUUAUCUUGUAUUACUUUUAUUUUUUAAUUUAAGUGUAUUUCCUUUUUCUCAAAAAAAAGAUCGACAUUUAUUGAGCUAGAGAGUACAAUCUAUUAGAACACUAAGAUGAAAAUGUAGAAUAAAUUAUUUUGUAUUGCUGCCCAAACAAAUAGGAUUUAUAGGUAUCACUGCCUUCCUAAUAUGUAGCCUCAAAAAUCUCUCAAACAUUCUGCUCUGAUAUUAAUGUUGAGAUUCGUUUGUGAAGUUUUUAUUUGUUUGCUUUUUCGUUGGCAAUAGCUUUCUAGCAAUCAUCAGUAGAAGCGUUUUUCUCUGAAAUAGGUCUCUGUAAGCCUAAUUUGUUUGUUUGUGAAGCAGAAGACAAAGAAAAAAAAAAAAAGACAUUUUGUUGUCGAAAGUGUCAAAUAUGUUUUCACCAGUGUUUUAUUUGGGAGGAAAGCUAAUGAUUUUUUAACAGACAGAACUUGCCUUACCUCUUUUUAAAAGGCAGUUGCCCCUGUGGAGACUCAGUGGUGGCUAGCUUGCUCCGCUAUGUGGGAAUUCGCAACGGCACACAAGCUUUUUCUCUUUCCUUUUAGGACUGAAAGCAACUUCUUUCUGAGUACAGUUUUGAUUCUUUUCAUUGAUCAUGAUAACACUUUAAGCUAGAAGCACUAAUACGCUUUAUGGUAGUGUUGUCUUGUUAUGGUUGUUCUGAAAAAAAAAAGCCUAUUUUGUACUUUAUUUUCAAUUACCUGUAACUGUCCUGUUGGUAAUCGGUAGUAUUUUUCUUUGGCAUGAAUGUUUGACAUAUGCAGUACGACAUGUAUCAUGGAAAACCGUUCAGUCUGUAUUGCUAAUAAGUGCUUUUAAAAACAACCAUAUAGCUGAAAUAAAGUUCCAAAUGAACCAUGGGA